AUGCUAAUAACUUCAGUAUUGUACAAGAAAAAGAAACUUAUGAGGUAUCACAUCUUAAUAUCAACGCUACUAUGCGUGUACAUAUUUGCACUAUCAGUAAUGAAGAUUCAUUUUGCUCUCCUUGUACUUGAAAGAGAUAUACGCAAAUUAAUUCUACCAGAAAGCAGACACUUUCUAGUGAGUAAUGCGUGUGUUAUUGGCAUCACUACCAUGUCUGGAUCAGUGAUUCAUUUCAUCGCGAAUGUGACUGUGUUCACAUAUUACAAUUUGAAGCACUUACGGCCGAUUUUAUUUAACUGUGGACCUUGA